AUGACGCUCCUCCGCGCCGCCGCGCUCGCGCUCGCGCGCCGGGGCCUGUCCUCCUCCUCCUCCUCCUCCUCCGCGGCCGCCGCCGCCGCCCCCGCGCGCGCCGCGGACCUCCUCGCCUCGCGCGCCGCGGACGCGACGGACGCGAUCGCGCUGAUCGAGCCCUCGACGUCGACGCGGUGGAGCUACGGCGAGCUCAACGAUCGCGCGCUCGCCUUCGCGCGCGGGCUGGACGAGAUGGGGUACGUCCCCGGCGCGAAGCUUGGGGUCAGGCUCGACAACUGCAACGAGCUCCUCGUCGCGAUGCUCGGCGCGAGCGCGCGCGGGAUCGACGUGGAGACGGCGAAGACGAUGGACGCGCUGGCGCGCGACGUCCGAUGCCGCGGCACGCUGGUUCAUCAUCUCGACGCGGCCGCCGCGGGGGCGAUGCCGGGCGCGCACGAGCCGAUCGCGAUCCGCGGCGGCGCGGUGUCGGACCCGAUCGUGCACUGGGACAUCAUGAUCGACGCGUUCAGGGGAUGGGACGCGCCGAUGCCUCCGGUGCGCGAGCGCGAGGGAGGAGGAGGAGGAGGAGGAGGAUCCGGAGGCGACGGCGACGAUGGGCGGACGACGAGCUCAUCUUUUUUCUUCAACGCGCCGGGGAAGCCGACGCGCGAGGCGGCGCUUCUCGCGCACGGCGUCGCCGCCGCCGACGCGCUCUCCAUGACGCGCGACGACCGCGUGUGCGUCGCCGUGCCGCUGUCGCACGCGAUGGGGUUCGGGUUCGGCGUCCUCGCCGCGAUGCGCGUCGGCGCGGCGGUGGUGUUGCCGUCGCCGGCUGGCGGCGGCGACGCGAUUUCGGCGGCGAUGGUCUCCGAGCGCUGCACGCUGAUGCUCGCGGACUCGCACGCGACCAGGGCGCUUCCGGGCGACGCGGGUGGCGCGACGACGGCGCCGAAGGGGUGGGACGCGUUCAGGGGGGGGCUCACGAAAGUGGGCAGCGGCGACGGCGUCGGCGACGCGCCCUCCGUGAGAUGUUUCGGCGUCGCGUUGACCGCCGUCGGGAAAGCGCCGCAACCGGCGUGA